CACACUUGGCCAGAUCAGCUUGGGCGGUUGACAGAGUUCAGUUGAGCUACUGCCUAGUCACCAGUGCCGUGCCAACUGUGCCAACUGGUCCAACUGAACCAACUGAACCAACUGGCCAACAUUCGAUCGCCACCAAAACUCACCGCCCGCCCUUUUCUCCCUCUCCACCGCUUGUUCCCCCGCCCUCUCCAUCUCCACUCUUGAUUCCUCGACGAUCGAGUAUCGGGACUUUUCCUCGCUGGCGCAGAAUUGAACCGAGGCUUUGUUCAGAAGAAGCACGACAGAUCUCUCUCUUCGUCUGAACCGCUUGUCCCAUCUCAUCUGGCCUACCUCCUCUGCCGUUUGCGACUCUGGCGCUUCAACACCCUGGUUCUGAUUCUUGAGAGGCCCGCGCUUAUCGGCACCCGCCCUUUCUUCCCCCCCUCUCUCUCUCCCUUUCUUUUCUGACUCCGCCACGUUUCCGCAUCUUUCUCCCCAGCUUUCCCGGGGCUUUGAUUGCUUACAAUUGGUGUUCCUUUAUUCUUUCUAGAUUGCGCUAUCUUAUUCUUCCUUUUUACCUCUUGCGCGACCCUCUCGGCGCGCUUGACCAUCCAUUCAUCCCCGGACAAUUGUCCCCCGAGGCCGUCGACUCAUCCCACCGGCCCUCAAGCGUUUCUCCCUCCUGUCAACAAACGCACAGAUCAACCUAAGACAUCUCGUCACUACUGACAAACUGCCAACUUGGAAGAUAUUAUCUUAUCUCCAUUCCGCCACAUACUUGCUUUGUUUUCAUCGCGCAUUGACGGCUGCCUGACUUGGGCCGAUCAUCACUGCGAGAAAGAGAGAGGCAACCCCUUCAUGAUGUCUCACUCCGGCUACAUGGGUAAUCACUUCGGGAACCCCAACGAGGGGGUCGACCCGUCCGACUUGACGAUGCAGCAGGGCGGUUUCAUGCCUUUCUCCUACGGCUCACAGCAGAACAUGUCCUCGAGCUUCAACUUUGGCAACUCCGGAAUCGACACCGAUGAACUGCUGGAUUUGGAGAUUAGCGGACAGAACGGGGUCCAGCGCGACAACAAUGUCAACUAUCUUCAGGACCACUCCGGGGGCAUCGCCAUGAGUCACCAAAGCCAAAUGUCCCACAUGUACUCGAAUACCCCGGACAACGCCCCGAUGGCCAGCCCCUUCGUCAACAGCAGCUUCAACUACGAACAAUUUCGGAUGAACCAGCAGAACCAUCACUUGCACAAUGCGAGCUCCUUCGACCAGAGUUAUCUAAAUGCCAAGUCUCGCCCGAGCUUGCAGGCCAUGGAUCGUACUUCAUCCGAUGCGCGCAGCCCGAUGACCCCGAAGACACCCGCCUUGGGUUCUUUGACGCUGGGUACGCCGGAUUCCGGCAGCUUCCCCGGCCAACCGAUCCGCACUUCCGGACUUCAGCACCGCCACCAGAAGACACUCUCCAAUCAAUGGGACGGAACUCCCGGCAGUGCACACUCCUACGUCGAGUCCCCGAUUGGGUCACCCAACCACCAUUCACAGCAGCUUGGCAUUUCCGAGGUCUUCAAGUCGGGCAAGCAUGCAUCAUUACCCGCCAAGGUUGACACCCACCUCCCCGGUAGCGCACAGGACCUCGAGUCUCAAGAGGCCAAGCGCCGACGACGACGUGCCUCGCACAACCUAGUCGAGCGCCGCCGUCGCGACAACAUCAACGAGCGUAUCCAGGAUCUCUCCCAUUUGGUACCGCAACACCGACUGGAAGAUGAUAAAGUCCGCAAGCAACUCGUCAAUAACACCGCUCUCUCCAUGGCUGGCGCCGGCAGCAACGCUGCGACCUCUCUUCUAGCUGGUGGUAAUGGCCGCCGUGCCACACCCGGCAACAUCACAAUGGGCCUGCCCAUCGAAGAGAAAGAGAAGGGCCCGAACAAGGGUGACAUUCUCAACGGUGCAGUCAGUUGGAUGCGCGACUUGAUGUGGGCAUUACACGUCAAGUAUCAGCAAGAAGCGGAGCUUGCCGAGAUGAUCAGCAGUCUAGGCGGAACUUGGCCAUUCGAGCCUACAGAGGAAGAGAAACGCAUGCGCAGUGAGAUCCUCGAUGCUCUCGAGAAGAACGAUCCCACCUCCUUCAGCUACACUCGCGGGCCGGGCAGCGGUCUGCGCGUUCCCAAGCACACUAAUUUGGCCGGUGACCCCGUUCAGGGUGGCAGUGAUGGCUUGACGCCUCCGGGUCUGAGCCCCUCAUUCCACAGCGGCGGCAGCAGCGCUAAUGGUGCUGGUCAACCGCAAUACUGGAAUAGCGCGGGCCAUGCGGCCAUGAGCUUCAAGGAGGAGGAUGAGUAUGGCAUGGAGAUGAGCUAGACGUCUGGUUCGGGUCAUACUAAGCCUGUGUUGUGUUGUGCUGUGGCCGGUUGGGUUCCAUUUGGCUUGCAUUAUGGAAUGAUUUCGUUUUGCAUACUUGGCGUCUGGAGGAACCGAUUAAUCGGCGUAUUGGGAGUGAGAAGGAUGUCGCCUCUUGAUCAUAGGGCUCUUUCAUAGUUUUUUGCAUUGGUUGUCAUUUGAACCGUCAUUUGAAUCGUCAUUUGCUGUCUUCUACCCGUUCUAUCGUGCUCUGCAAUUCGUUGUCGCGGCUGGACUUGGCGGAUUGGAGGUCUUUUAUUCCCUCGUCCUCUCACGACUCGAUUUUUCUUGUGGUUUACUCGGGUUUCUUUUACUGAUAUCAUUUGGAUUUCUAUGCUGCCUUUUUUUCAUUUAUUCACUUUUCUCAUAUUUCAUCGAUACCCCGUCUUCCCUUUUGGUUUUCUUUUCCGUCUGUCUGAUUCAAUUUGACUUCGUUUUCAUCUAGUCACACACAGCUCUUGGUUUUUACAAUUGCUAUCUUUCUAUGCUUCUGUUCAUGCAACUUCGGAAUACCUUGUCUGCUUGGUGAUCUUGGUCCGAGACUGCCUCAAUCCACUUGGACUUUUCUCCUCUCCUGUAUCCGCGGCACUUAUUCUGGUUUCGGGAUUUUUCUUUCCCCUCGUGGACCACUUCCUACACUAAUAUCUCCCCUUUUUCCACCGUGUUCUUGCAUUAUGUUUGGCGGUCUUUUUUGGUUGGACUUUUGGCAAUGCAGAUAGCAAUUCACCGGCAGUGCCACCUUUCCUCAUAUAAUAC